UGCAGGUAUUCAUGCCCCGUUUGUUCAAAAUCAUAUUGCGACAUGUCUCAAGUGUGGCAAAGGCUUGAUCAUGAGGUUGCUUUGACACCCAUUCCUCAAUUGUACAAAAAUAAGAUGGUUUGGAUCCUCUGCAAUGACUGUGGAGAGACAUCUGAGGUAAAUUUUCACAUUGUGGCACAUAAGUGUGUAAAAUGCAACUCUUACAAUACAAAGCAGACACGAGGAGGCCCUGCUUCGUGCUCAUCAGGAGUUGAGGAGAUGGUGAGAUGAUUUCAUCUAAAAAUUAAACGGGGUAAAGAAUUUCUGCUCGGUGAUUUACCAAGCUCAUUCAAGACAUGAGGGAAGGGCAGGCAUGUUGUUCAUUGAUUAUUAUUUACUGAUUCAAUUGUAGUUUUCAUUUGUUUGCUAGUAUUCAGAGGCCAGAUUCAUUUGAGACAUGAAGGGUGGGCAAGCAUGUUGUUCUUUGAUUAUUUACUGAUUCUUAGUUUCACUUGCUGAUCUAUCUAUUUUGCCUCUUGAUUUCAA